UGCACAAAUAAAUUUCAUUGAGACAUAAGUAGGACGGUUCGCAUAACAAGUCAAUUGUGAAUUGCCAAAGAAAUAAAAAACAAAGAAAAAGCCCCAAAAACAAGAAUGGGUUCCACUUCCAAUUCCAACAGCCUCGGAAAAGUGUUAGAGAGGCUUGAAACUUUAGCUCAACAAUACCGUCUUCACAAACCUAGUCCAAUUCCAGUUCCCGAUGGUACCAACUCGACACAACAAACGUUGGGAUCCAAUAAGAGAGCUGCAGUUCUGGUAUGCCUCUUCCAAGAUCCCUAUGGAGAUCUACGUGUCAUCCUCACCAAGCGAGCUUCUACUCUCUCUACGCACUCUGGUGAGGUUUCGUUGCCCGGUGGGAAAAGAGAGGAAGGUGAUGCUGAUGAUGUACACACGGCAUUAAGGGAGGCUAAGGAGGAGAUCGGCUUGGACCCUUCCCUUGUCAAUGUUGUCACUGUUCUUGAACCAUUUGUCACUAAGAUUGGUUUGACAGUAGUUCCUGUGCUUGGCAUACUCUCUGAUAUGAAAGCAUUCAGUCCAAGUCCAAAUGCUGCUGAAGUGGAGGCAAUAUUCGAUGCUCCCUUAGAAAUGUUUCUCAAGGAUGAGAAUAGGAGAGAAGAGGAGAGAGAAUGGAAGGGAGUUAAGUAUCUACUGCAUUACUUCGAUUAUGAAGCAGAGACUGAGAGGUAUGUGAUAUGGGCUCUAACUGCUGGAAUCUUGAUUAAGGCAGCAUCAUUUGUCUUCGAGCGGCCACCAGCAUUUCUAGAGCAGAGGCCAAAUUUCUGGAAUAGAGCUACUAACAGCAAUACUACUACAACAUAGAUCCUAAGCAUUUUUUUUGGGUCUUAUAUCAUGUGAUUCUUGUUUAACACUACUAAUUAUUUACAAUCUGCGAUGUUUAAGUUAUCACAUCAUUCUGUGUGAAGGAUUGAAUUUGAAAUAUGAAAAUGAAAUAACUAACAUUUUCUCC